UCACCAUGGCGUCGAAGAGUCCGUCAACCGAUCCUCAACAACACCACAGCACUGCUUCCACCGCCGCAACGCCGAAUACCUCCCUCUCGAUACCUAGCGUCAAGGGCUCUGUAGCCUUGCCAAAAGUCACGCAGCAGAAUGCCGCCGUCGAGUUGAAGAACAUGAAUACAGGUGUUGGGACUGGGGCUGGGCCCGACUCCGGAGGUAGCUCGGAGCGCGCUCUCCCUCUCGAGGAGGAUAUUAUGCAGCUGGCGCGGUUGGGGGAGGUGGCAACGAUGCAGAAAUUAUUUGAUACGAAGAAGUUUGAUGCGAACCACAGAGACGAGGAGGGAAUCACCCCUUUACACGUGAGUUUCCGUCUUUCCCGGGGUGUUUAUGCCUGAUAUCUAGAUGAGUGAGGUGUUUCUGCCGGAGGUACUGUGCUGACUGUCCAGUGGGCGGCAAUCAAUAACCAAUAUACGAUGUGCAAGUUUCUUUUGGAUGCCGGUGCCGAUGUAAAUGCAAAGGGAGGCGAGUCCGUGGCCACGCCGGCAAUGUGGGCAGCACAGCGAUGCCACUACUAUAUUGUCAACCUGCUGUUGCAGCACGGGGCGGAUCCGCUCCUGACAGACGUGCAGGGAUACAAUAUCCUGCAUCUGGCGACGAUCGAUGGUAACGCAUUUCUGCUGGUGUUGCUGCUGCACCAGGAGAUUCCUGUCGAUGUGCUGGACCAGCAGGGCCACACGGGCCUGAUGUGGGCGGCAUACAAGGGAUAUCCGGCUUGCGUGGACUUGUUCUUGCGCUGGGGCGCCAACGUGAAUGCGACUGAUGAGGGCGGCCUAACGCCACUACACUGGGCGCUGGUGCGAGGGUCGCUGCCCUGCGUGUUGAAGCUGCUCGAGUAUGGCGCCGACCGCUUCGUGCCGACCCGCGACGGCAAGUCUCCCGCGACAGUGGCGGGAGAGAUGAAUACCACGCGCGUCUGGCACCGCGCACUUGACGAGGCCGGCUACGAUACGGCGGGCAACGCCAGGGUACUUCCCCUCGGUCUGACGGGGUAUCUCCGCAACAAGAACAUCAUGUCCAAGUUCUUCUUCCUCUGGCCUUUCUUCAUGAUCCUCGUCGGGCUCUGGGUCCUCAGCAGCUUGUCCAUUUUUGCUGCCGUUCCUUUCUCCGUUGCUGCGGUAUUUGCCUUGCAGUGGGUUGGGCAGCAGGUUGCGAACCGCAGUCUUUCGGAAUAUCGAAUUCUGCAAAAGACGGUAUUUCCCCUCUAACCUCUCCCAUAUCUGACAUGCAUACUAACUGGUAUAGCCCUAUCUCUCUGGCGUCUUUGCUGGUACUCUCUUCUGGACCGGGUUUCGAUAUGUUUUCAAGGUGUUGCCAGGUUGGUUUU